AUGACUUAUUCGUCGACCGCAGUCCGUCAUUUUACCGCGCCCAAGCCGCUGGGAUUGACGAUGGAAGCUCCCCGCUCACAUCCGGCUCCUGAGCCGAAGAUAAAGCCUACCACAGUGGAUGGAGGCUUGACGGAUCAGGUUAAGACCAAGAGUGGUGGGAUCACAUUCGCACACCAAGACUCUCUGCCGAAGUUACCUAUCCCGGAUCUUGAGAGCACAUGCAAGAAAUAUCUCGACGCUCUGUCGCCGCUGCAGACUCCUAAAGAGCAAGAAGAGACCAAGGCUGCUGUACGGGAGUUCCUCAAAGGCGAGGGUCCCGGCCUUCAAGAGCGGCUGCAGAAAUAUGCCACAUCGCAAACGAGUUAUAUUGAACAAUUCUGGUACGACUCCUAUCUGAAUUACGACAGUCCUGUCGUUCUCAACCUCAACCCCUUCUUCUUGCUGGAGGACGAUCCAACACCUGCGAGAAACAACCAGCUGACUAGAGCGGCAUCGCUGGUUGUUUCGGCCUUAUCAUUUGUGCGCGCUGUCAGACGGGAGGAGUUGCCUCCCGAUACCGUUCGAGGUACGCCAUUGUGCAUGUAUCAAUAUUCCCGGCUAUUUGGUACUGCACGUGUUCCUACUGAGAAUGGCUGCGUUAUCAGCCAAGAUCCCAAGUCAAAGCAUAUCGUUGUUAUGUGCCGUGGUCAGUUCUACUGGUUUGACGUCCUCGACGAGAAUCAUGACCAAAUCAUGACAGAAAAGGAUAUCGCAAUGAACCUUGAGGUUAUUCUCGCUGAUGCAGAACAAACCCCAAUUCAAGAGGCGGCGAAGGGCGCCCUUGGAGUCCUCAGUACUGAAAACCGCAAGGUGUGGUCGGGAUUGAGGGAUAUCCUAACCAAAGAUGAGCAUUCAAUUAACGCUGAGGGCUUAAACAUUGUGGAUACUGCCCUAUUUGUCCUCUGCCUGGAUGACACCGAGCCUCAUAACAUGUCCGAGCUUUGCGCGAACAUGCUCUGUGGUACGAACGUGGUGGAAAAGGGCGUUCAAGUGGGUACUUGCACGAACCGGUGGUACGACAAGCUGCAGAUCAUCGUGUGUAAGAAUGGGAGUGCUGGAAUCAAUUUUGAGCACACUGGUGUUGACGGACAUACUGUUCUUCGCUUCGCGAGUGACGUCUACACGGACACGAUUCUUCGCUUUGCACGAACCAUCAACGGCCAGGCUCCCAGCUUGUGGGCAACCACUAGCCCUGACCCGUCCAAACGACACCCUCGAAGCUUCGGUGACGUUAGCCCGACCCCCAGAAAAUUAGAAUGGGACAUGUUGCCUGAGCUUAGCAUUGCUAUCCGGUUUGCCGAAUCGCAUCUCGCAGAUCUUCUUCAGCAGCAUGAAUUCCAAGUGCUUGAUUUCAAGGGAUUCGGAAAGAACUUUAUUACCUCAAUGGGAUUCUCACCGGACGCAUUCGUCCAGAUGGCGUUCCAGGCGGCUUACUACGGGCUUUACGGACAAGUGGUAAAUACCUAUGAACCAGCAAUGACCAAGGCUUUCCUGCAUGGACGGACCGAAGCCAUUCGAUCUGUCACCAAUGAAGCCCUCGACUUCGUGAAGACAUUUUGGGCUGAAAACCCUGCUGAGGAUAAGGUGAAUGCCCUUCGAAAGGCUACUGAGAAGCACUCGGCAAUCACGAAGGAAUGCUCCAAGGGACAAGGACAGGACCGCCACCUCUAUGCUCUUUACACCCUGUGGCAGCGACAAUUCGACGAAGCCCCUAGCUCCCGGAACAACAGCGUCGAUGAAGCGUCGAACGGGUACACGAGUCCUGCUGAGAUCGACUCCAUCGCUGGGUCUCCUCUAUCCCCGUCCUCUGUAUCUGAGGUGGAUGGGUUGUCAUCCACUGGCAGCUAUGGCCGGGCUAUGCGUAAUUUGCCUCCCACUCCCGCCAUCUUCAGCGACCCCGGCUGGGACAAGAUCAACAACACAAUUCUUUCCACUUCAAACUGUGGCAACCCCUGCUUGCGGCAUUUCGGCUUCGGCCCAACAUCUGCAGACGGAUUCGGCAUUGGCUACAUUAUCAAGGACGACUCAAUCUCAAUUUGCGCCUCAUCUAAGCACCGCCAAACCGCGCGUCUCAUGCAGACACUUGAGUUGUACCUGCUUGAGAUCCGCAAGUUGCUGCGCGCGACUGUCCACAAGCCGUCCAGCCCGCGGACCAGCCGCGCUCGUGAAAUGGAGAUGAUUGCCGAGCGGGUCCAGCGUGAUCAACGCCGGGGUCGUAUUGUCCGCACAGACGCGGGCCAUCUGCGGGCCGGUACCGAGACGCCCACGACGGACAGCGGGGACAUGGACGAUGAUGGCAUGGGCGGAUAUGGUUUCUUUGAUGCAGGGAUGCUCCUGCAUGCGCUCAAGGGGCUCAACGUGGAUCGCGAGCGGGGUGGCGACAAGACCCCUCGACGACGGUUCGUUGGCAAGAAGCUACGGUUGAAUGAAUAUUGA